UGGGGAUGUGGGCGGGGACAGUUAACACGCAAACAUGGCGGCGUCCUUAGAUGAUGAUUUAGAGCUGGACAACCAAGAUUAUUAUUCUUUACUCAAUGUCAGAAAAGAGGCAACGCAAGAUGAACUGAAGGCCUCCUACCGGAGGCUUUGCAUGCUGUACCAUCCCGACAAACACAGAGACCCCGAGCUCAAACAGCAGGCCGAGCAGCUCUUCAACCAGGUGCACCAAGCCUAUGAAGUUCUAAGUGACCCUCAGUCCAGAGCCAUUUAUGACAUCUUUGGGAAGAAGGGGCUGGAGGUGGAGGGAUGGGAGGUGGUGGAGAGAAAGAGAACUCCGGCAGAAAUUCGCGAGGAGUAUGAAAGGCUGCAGCGAGACCGAGAUGAGAGGCGACUGCAGCAGAGAACUAACCCAAAGGGUACCAUCAGCGUAGGCGUAGACGCGACCGACCUCUUUGACCGCUAUGACGAAGACUUUGAGGAGAUGCCCGGGGGAGGCCUGCCUCAUGUCGAAAUAAACAAGAUGCACAUUUCUCAGUCCAUCGAGGCUCCGCUGACAAACAAGGACACUGCAGUGCUGUCUGGUUCUCUCUCGACGCACAAUGGAACCGGAGGAGGCAACAUCAACGUGGUCGUACGCAGGGUCACGUCGGCCAAGGGCUGGGGAGAGGUGGAGGUAGGUGCCGGGGACAUCCUGGGACCCCUGUUCGGAUUAAAGGUGUUCCGUAACCUGACAGCGCGCUGUUUCCUGACGGCACAGUGCGGCGUGCAGUUCUCCCCGCGCGGCAUGCGCCCCAGCUGCUCCCUGAUGACGGCCCGCCACCUGGACCUUAACACCAUGGGCUACCUGCAGUGGCGCUGGGGCCCCAACAGCGCCAUGACCACCAGCCUGGUCCGGGACACCAAGACCACCCACUGCACCCUGGCUCUUCAGCUAGGGGUCCUUAACUCCUACCUGAUGAUGAGCUACCAGUACAAGUUCCAGGAUGAGGACCAGACCAAGGUCAAAGGAUCCCUCAAGACGGGCUGGUUUGGCACAGUGGUGGAGUAUGGGGCGGAGAGGAAGAUCAGCCGACACAGCGUCCUGUCUGCCACCGUCAGCAUGGGGAUCCCCCAGGGGGUGACACUCAAGAUCAGGUUAUCACGCGCCAGCCAGACAUACCUGUUCCCCAUCCACCUGACAGACCAGCUGCUGCCCAGCGCCGUCUUCUACGCCACCGUGGGCCCGCUGCUGCUCUACGUGGCGGUCCACCGGCUCAUCGUCAUCCCGUACACACGAGCACAGAAACGAGAAGACCUGGAGCUUCAGAGGAUCAGCUCGGCCACCGACAUAGCCAAGAAGAAGCAAGAGGCCGAGUCAGCUGUUUUGCUGAUGCAAGAGUCUGUGAGGAGAAUCAUAGAAGGAGAGGAAUCCAAAAUGGGUCUGAUCAUCCUGAACGCCUGGUACGGGAAGUUUGUGACGGACACCAGCCAGAAGCAGGAGAGAGCCCAGGUGAUCGACGUCACCGUGCCCCUGCAGUGCAUGGUCAAGGAUUCUAAGCUCUGCCUUACGGAAGCCUCCAAGGUGGGGCUGCCAGGCUUUUACGACCCCUGCGUAGGAGAGGAGAAGAGUCUGAAGCUACUGUACCAGUUCAGAGGCGUCCUGCACCAGGUUCUCUCUGCGGACUGCGAGGCUCUCAGGAUACCCAAACAAUCUCACAGAAUAGACGCUGAGUCCUAGAAGCCCGCUUCUGCCGGAUCUCCAUGGCUGGAAGGGGGAAGAACACACAAGCAGCACUAUAAACAGGAGGAAGUUAUAGCAAAGACGAAAACAACACAAGGUUCCCAUCCUCCCCUCUCCCUCUCCCUGUCGUCUGUACCUGGUGCUGUGAAUGAAUCCCCACCUGGAGUCCUCCUGGCCCUUCUCUGGUCCUGUCAGCCGUCUCCCAUCACUGCUAGGACCUCGGCACCUUUUAGAUUUCUUUGUUCUCUACAUCCAAACCAAACAAGACUGGCCAGAUGGAUGCAUGGCAGGCCCCCUCCCCAUGAUCCCCCCAUCAGUCCUUAAUGCACACACCACAUACUAACUGAGUUCACUUGCAUAAAAUGUGGUGAUUGAUCCAAAGGGAAUUUGGUGCGAGACCAGAGCUUCAUUUGAAGCUGAUCGCUGUUGCAACUUAAAAUGAUUCAUUAUGGUAUAUUUGAUCCAAAAGGAAACAGCAUUUUAUCCUGUAUACAUAUCACUACAGUACACACUCACCAUUGUUUGAAGCGUCCAACCUUAUUCUAAGGCACAUUGAGAGUUGAAGGCUAUGCUUAACAACUACACAUGAUGUCAUCCUCCCAGUAUCCUUUGGGUUAGCCAGCACCUCUUUGGCGGAGGAAACGUUUAGAAUUAAGUCAUUCAUUUAAAAUCUCCCUAGUUCUCGUAUAUUUUUGUUGAAUUGUCUCAACGUAAGUUAUAAUGCCUUGUGGCAACAUGUCUGCUGCUUGUGUGGGAGACAUUGUUUCCUGCUAUGUCUGUUGACCUGACAUGAACCACAUAAGGACCAUUUCUCCAUACAUAUGUUUCAAUGUUUAUCAUGUUAUCCAGUUGUAAUCUUAGGAUGUUCAAGUAUGCCACCCACGUGCCAUACCCUCGCAUUUGUUCAUAUUGUCGUUUGCUAUGUAAUGAUGAGCUAGACUCAAGCAUUCCUUAACUUCUGGAUGGUUCUGUCGUUGACGAUAAGGGUCGGUAUGGCAUGGAUUAAUAACAGUCGUAAUCUAUAUAGGCCAUUCUUGUAUUUUUUUGCUGAGAAGGCAACUAUUUUAAUGUAACCGUGGUCCCAUAAUAUCUUACAACCUAGCACACGCACCAGGAGGGUUGUAUUCUAUAUUGUAUUAUAGAAAUUAGCUAUUGUAUAUUAUACAAUAUAUCAUAAGAUAAUUAUGUUAGCGGAAUGAAAAUACUUUCAUUCCCCUUUCAUUCCAUUGUGUCACUACAAUUAUACAAAAUGUAUGGGCAUUAUGUAAUUCUAAAAAACAUUACUGUGAAAUUAAGCACUAAUUUAACAUGUAGCAACUAUUUAAGGCCAUCACAAGUAUUUCUAAUAUGGAAAACGUAAAUUUCACAUUAUCAAAAAUGUUCUUUAUGUUCUGGCAACUAUAAUCGUUGCCAGAUAUCCAUAUGCUAGCUCUGUGAAUAAGACUAAACCUAUUUUCCUUUUUAUGUUGUCCCUCAAGUUACACACACACACACACGUAUAUAUAAAAAUUUGUCUUCUGGCUUGAAUCCAUUCUAACCAUUAUUUCAACAAGUCUACAUUCCUUUCGAGGAUAACAUUUGUGUCAUUUUAUUUGCUCAUGUUUGGUGUUGAGUGUAACCAGAGCCAUCUAUCUCUAAAGGGCUCUGGCCCUGGCCAAACGACUAUUGACUUGCUGCAGUGCCACCAUGAGGCCAAGAGAAGGACUGCACCCCCUGACCUGUAAACUGAAGUGUUUUAAGUUGUGCGUGAGGAGCCUCUUUGCCCUCUCAUGACCAUUGUGGUGGUGCAAUAAAUACCAGCUGAUCUGUGAGAUGCUGUGUUUAAAGUUCAAGGGCAUAUCCACAGUUUGUUAUUUGGAGAAAAACAAUGUGCUAAUUUCUGUUCAACAAAAAACCGAAUGUUGUUAAAACGCUAACUCUUUAUUAUACAAUAGUUUCACAGAAACAGUUUGCACCACAGGCCUACAGACAAAGCUUUCUCAAGAAUAGGAUGAAAAGAUUCAGGAUCAAUUGAAACAUAUUUGUAAUUAUAGCAAUCAUAAUAGAAUACGCUCUUCCAUUUGCACCUGCAGACCAGAUUCAAUCUUGAAAAGCCCUAAUUUGUUUAAAUAUAGUAAAAUGGAUACGAAUGAGUACAAUAUGCAAAUUGUGUUUUGAGGCGUCAAACAAUUUGUACAACUUUGCAUGUCCCAUUAGCAAGUGUUUAUAAAUAUCAGGAAAAUCAAACUCAGGAAGAAGCAGAGCUUUGGUACUGAACCAAAUUUGUUCUUGAAGUCAAAAAGUUUGACUGAGUCAUUAUUUGUAUAAAAAUCAAUCUUGCAUUGUGAACUCCGAUAUUAGAUACUGGCAUCUAAUGUGUCACAAUCACUUUCAAGUCACCUCUGUGAGCUAUGGCUUAUAUAUUGACAGAUACAACAUGUAGCCUAUAGUCAAACUGGCUGAAAAUGAAAACGGAUAAAGCAGGACUGAAAGAAUGCUUAAAAUAGUUUGUCAAAAUCUCGACUUUCAAAAAAACUCCAACAGGCAAAACAUGGACAGUGAAUACUGAUUAGCGUAGAGUCGAGGGUUAUACGAUAGGGGGGGCAAUGGAUCCUGAACCUGCAUGACCUCCUUGCCCCACAACCUAAUCUCCCAUUCUGAAAACCUAGAUAAAAAAGGUUGACUGAUCGUAGCACAUGCAUUACUGAUGUAUUAUACACCCCUCAUUUCCGUCAGCCACACACGCACACCGUGUCCCCUGUUCCCCAGAAAGAGCCUCCCUUUCUGAACCAUUCUGUUAGGCUGAAUGAGAACAUCUCCUUGAUACCAUCCCUUUAAACACAGGGACAUGGUCAUAUAGACCCUUUUCUGCAAAUGGACAUUAAAACAAAAACUAUUGAACUACACACAAACCAAUUAUUUCUCAA